AUGAACAGUUCCUGUGUGACAUUGGCCGAAGUCCUGUGGGCAAAAGAAAGCCCUCUGGAGGAAGAAGAAAUAUGGGCACUCCUGUACCUGUCCACAAUACAGCUUCUGGAGGAUCUUCACAAAGACAAAGGGCCCAGAUUAAUGAACUACAGUCAGUCAACAGAAGAUUACAGACAACUCUCUGUGGAUUAUAGUGACUCUAAUAGUAUUUCUGAAAGUACAUCUUUGAUACUGUCUAACCGAGGACACAGGAGAGCAAGAAAAAAAGACCUUAAAAAUUUUUCAGGUCCAGAAUUUAUUAUUUUGUCUAGUGAACCACCAGUGACCUUACAGCUCCCUGGUUCAAUUGUGACUAAAAAAGGGAAAUCCUAUUUGUCCCAAAGGGAUCUCAAUGUGAUUCUACUCAAUGGCCAGUGCCUUGAGGUGCAAUGUGACAUCAAGACCAAGGCAAGAGACGUUUUCAACACUGUGGUGGCAUAUGCAAACUUGGUGGAACAUUUCUACUUUGGCUUGGCUUACCUGAAAGGUAAAGAAUUCUUCUUUUUGGAUGAGGAGACCAAACUCUACAAAGUGGCCCCAGAUGGCUGGAAUGACCAACCCAAGAAGAAAAUGUCCAUCAUUAAUUUCACACUCUUUCUAAGGAUAAAAUUCUUUGUCAACCACUUUAAUGUUAUUCAGCACGGCUUGACAAGGCAUCAGUUUUACCUGCAGCUUCGUAAAGAUAUUUUGGAGGAGCGAUUAUAUUGCAGUGAUGAGACUGCCCUGAAACUCGGCGCUUUGGCUUUACAGGCAGAGCUUGGAAAUUAUGCUUCUGAGAUGCAUGGAAAGAGCUAUUUCCGUGUUGAAGACUACGUUCCAGCAAGUCGAAUAGAGAAAAUGACCCUGGCAUAUGUACAGCGAGAGCUUGCUAAAUUACAUCGUAUGAAUCGCUCCCUGUUUGAGGACGAAGCUGAACUAGAAUUUUUAAAGGUGACUCAGCAGCUUCCUGAAUAUGGAGUGUUAUUCUAUCGCGUGUCCCAAGAGAAGAAAGGGACAGAAGGGGACAUAAUCCUGGGAAUCUGUGCCAAAGGCAUCAUUGUCUAUGAGAAUAAAAAUCACACAAGAAUUGCCAGUUUAAGAUUCCAGUGGCGUGAAACAGAGAGAAUUUCAGCUCAUAGAAAAAAAUUCAUGAUUGAAAGCAGCUUCAGUGGCAAGAAACACACCUUCAUUACUGAUACAGUGAAGACAUGUAAAUACCUACUGGAUCUCUGCUCUGCCCAGCACAAAUUCAAUGCACAGAUGAAUUCUAGGCAACUUCGGCAAACUUCAUCAGAGGACAGUAAAUUUGUGGAAAUAGACAAAUCAAAUUCUGCAUAUGCAGCUCAGCGAGAACACCUUGCCCUUAUUCAGAGACUGUCUCGCUCAGAGAACGUGCUCUAUGGAGCAAAUCUGGAAAGCCUUUCUGCUGGGAUGAUGAGCAAGUCUUGCGAUAACCUCAGUGUGGAAACCAACAACAGGACUAGAGAAAAAAGCAAUCUUGGCAGAUCUGUAUCAGGGCUAUCCCAGUCGGAAAUGCACAUCAAUUUGAAUGGAAAACAAAGGAGUUAUGACUUCCUCUCUAUCCAUUCAACUCAAAACACAAUUAGUGCACCUGGAUCACCAGCUAUCCAAAAGGAAGUUUUGCUAAGUGGUUUAGAAAGAGAAAUCAUUUGUGUCAGCCUAAAACGUGACCCUAAGAAUGGAUUUGGUUUUGUAAUUAUUGGAGGAGAAAAUGUAGGAAAAUUAGACCUUGGUAUCUUUAUCGCUUCAAUUAUCCCUGGGGGACCUGCAGACAGAGCUGGAAAUAUGAAACCAGGAGGACGACUCAUCUCUGUGAAUAAUAUUAGUCUUGAGGGUGUUUCAUUUAAUACUGCAGUUAAAAUCAUACAGAACUGUCCCGAUGAAGUGGAGCUCAUAAUCUCUCAACCUAAAGGUAUAAAGGCAAAUGCCCCCGCUGACAUUUAUGAAGAAGGAUUAAAUGAAGAAAAGAAUCUAUCAAGAGGAAACAGCACUAGUGGAUCUGAGAUCUCUUGUGUAGACAGUGGGAGAAAAAAGAUUCAGGAUUGUCAUACGGCUCUCCCCAAAGAACAGGACACAAAUACAGAUGAACUUGAGAAGACUAUCUCUUGGAAUUUAACAUCAAAAUUGGGCCCUAGGAUUCCAGUUCCUUCAGCUGAUAGCCUGGAUAUAGAGGCAGCUGAUUCUUCCCACUUACCAUCUCCAUCAGGAUCCAACUCAAAGGAAAUCUACAUGGUGGAGCUUAUUAAAGAAGAUGGGACUUUUGGAAUCAGCGUGACUGGUGGAAUCAACACCAGUGUGCUUCAUGGUGGGAUAUAUGUGAAGUCAAUAAUUCCUAGGGGACCAGCAGAUAAGGAUGGACAAAUAAAGAUAGGUGAUCGUCUGCUGGAAGUAGAUGGCAUCAGCCUCUGUGGCAUCACCCACAAACAGGCUGUGGAACACCUUAAGAAAUCUGGCCAGGAUGUCCUGCAUUUGUUAAGAGGGGCUCCUCGAGAAGUUACACUGCUACUUUGCAGACCACCAAAAGGUGCUCUUCCAGAAAUAGAGCAGAUUCCAUUGACUCCAGCACCAUCUCCACUUAAGGACUUGGUGGCAGAAGUGCCAGGCAGCACAGAGGCAGGAAACAGUAUGGAUCAAUCUACCAGUGAUGGAGGUAGCACCUCUCCAGACCUCGAAGACUGCCUCGAUUCUCCAGUGGGAGAAGAUUUCAGUGAGCCUCCUGAGGAUGACAGCUCAGCUUAUGAAGAGCAGGAAGCUGAGUUUGAAGAGAAACCCAAAGAGAAACUCCCAGUUUCCAGAGAGAGUUUCUAUAAGCAUCUCUGGAAGAUUCAUCAAGAAGCUUCCAGGUGUGAAGUCUUCCACUCUCUAGAGGAGGAAGUGAAGCAGAACUGCUAUUCACCAUGUGAACACCAUGGACAGGCCAAAAGACGCGUAUUUAAUAAGAGUCAUGAUGACCUAUCGAACACAAAAUGUAUGCCUGAAACUUUCUCUCUAACCCCUAUUGAUGAAGAGUAUCUCACUGUCAGCUCAAUGUCUGUGACCUCACUUCCACGAGGAGGAAGCUCCGAGACAGUCUCUGCAACCACUGCGACCCCACAGCCGCGUGUCUGUGGUCCCUCAUCGUCAUCCCUGCCUGCCAGAGAGACACAUGACAGUGACAAUGAAUGGGAAGACUUGGAGGAACCAGAGGAAGAGAAGGAAGAAAAUCAAGACUGCACUCAGGAAAUGGAGAUCUUUGUGACUUUGACGAAGUCAGAGAACAAUGGUUAUGGAUUCUCUGUAGUUCUUAACAAAAUGGACACCUGCCUGUAUGUUGAUGAAAUCUUGAAUGAUCCUGCCCUUUCUGAUGGAAGAUUGAGAAGGGGAGACAGAAUCAUUAUGGUGAAUGGAAUUGAUGUUACAUCUUUGCCAUGCAAUGAAGUCCUGACUUUACUGCAGAGCUCUCCUCCAGAUCUGCACCUUGUGGUUGGUCGUGCUGACAGUGACCCACGUCCUUCAAUUAGGCCAGAUGAGAUUCCUGAAAUUACUCUCACAAAGGGUGCCAAUGGACAGCUAGGCUUGAAGCUGACAGGAGGAGCUGGAAGCAAGUUACAAGGUAUUUAUGUGCUAGAGAUAGUGCCUGGCUCUCCUGCCAGUGUGGAAGGCAGUUUGCAGCCACGAGAUCAGAUUGUUUACAUCUGUGGAAUGUGCACUGAGGGCAUUAGCCUGGAUGAUGCAGUGAGAGUGUGUGAAGCUGCCACCCAGAAUAUUCGAAUCAAAGCCACAAGAAAUGGAAAUCCAGUGGUUCCUAUAGAGCAGGAAAAUAAGAAACAUUUGGAGGAAACAAACUGUGAUGCUCAGCAGAACACUCCUGAUUCUCCAGAAUGCAAAGACUUCAUUAUUAAGAUUGAGCUGGAAAAAGCAGAAAAUGGAAGCCUAGGAUUUGCCCUGGUAGGUGGAAAAAAUGGCAGGGCUAUUCUAAUAAAAGCCAUCAGCCCAGAGAGCAGUGCAGAUCUAGAUGGGAGACUUCAAGUUGGUGACAUCUUACUUAAGGUGAAUGAGACUUUUGUGUCUGGUCUUCCACGCCAAACAGUUACAGAUUUGCUGCGCAAGGCUCAAGGCACUGUUCAGCUCACUGUCUGCCGAAGCGUGGCUUUGCACUGGGCUUAUUCAGGCAACCAGAGCAACACAGCUUCCACUCCAAACACAAAAGCAGAGCAUGCAAGUGGCGGGGAAAACCUGCAAGCUCAGCCUGUUUUCAGUUUCAAGGAAGAAGGCUCCAACCAAACGUACAAUAAGGAUGCAGAGAGAAGAGACAAAUCUCUGGAAAGUCAGCUGGCUGGACAAGACUAUAAGGAUAUCAUCAGUAACAUUUUGGACAGGUCACAGAAAUGUGAAGAAUGUGAAAGCUGCAGAAGAGAAAAUCAACAGUCUGAGUCAGGCAGCUGGAACAGUGAAGAUGAUGUUAUGCCCAACAGGAUUCCUAUUCUACCUAGAAACAGAACCUUUACUUCUGGAGAUGAACUGACUCAGUUAAUUAACUUGAAACCAUCACAGAGUGGAGUAGAUCCAAGGACUGGCAUAACAGGUCUUAUUCAAGGCCUUCAGCUGCGGAUUGCGAAUCAAGAGGUGCUAAAGGAGUUUAUGGCUUUAGAACAUGUGAAACCAAUAGAUGACUGCAGAACUGGCAAAGCACCAGAAAACCGGAAUAAAAACAGAUACCGAGAUAUCCUUCCAUAUGAUAAGACACGAGUUCCUCUAGGAGAAAAGAGUGGCUACAUUAACGCAAGCUACAUUAGAAUGAAUGUUGGAGAAGAGGAACACUUUUAUAUUAUAACCCAAGGGCCUCUGCCAUCCACUAUGGCCGAUUUCUGGCAAAUGGUCUGGGAGAGUGAAUCAGAUGUGAUUGCCAUGAUGACAAAAGAAGUGGAGCUAGGGCAAGUCAAAUGUCAUCAAUACUGGCCUGAAUCUCCCUAUAACUCUAAAGACCUGGCUAAUUUCUGUCUCAGGUUACACAACUACCAGAUUCUGGAAUACUUCAUAAUUAGAAAAAUAGAAAUUAUCAACAAGCAGACAGAAGAAAAGCGCAUCAUAAGUCAUUUGCAAUUUACCACUUGGCCAGACCACAAUACUUCCAAACUGGCUGAGCAGCUUGUAAAAUUUAUUUGUUACAUGAGAAAAGCUCACAGGACAGGACCUAUUAUUGCUCACUGCAGCACUGGCAUUGGAAGAAGUGGAGUUUUGCUGUGUGUUGAAAUUCUUCUCAGCCAUAUAGAAAAAGAUUUAUGUUUCAACAUCAAGCAGAUAGUGAGAGAUUUGCGAGAUCAGCGUUUUGGCAUGAUCCAAACUAAGGAUGAGUAUUUAUUCUGUUAUCAAGUUGUGCUGGAAGUCCUUCUGAUCCUCCGAGCAAUGGAUUCCUACUGA